AUGCAAAACGCAAGUGAAGAUGCCAAUGCUGAUGAUGCCGAUGUUGCAGUGGUGCAAAGGGGUCGGCAGCGGCCCCGACGUGCUGCCCCAAUUCCUUUGCACAAGUUGAUUGACUGCCUUUUGGUUGGGCGGCUGCUGCGUUCGACAGAGAGCUUGCAAGAGGUUGUGGUCCGAAGUGUGGCGAUUGCAUUGGGGUCAGACGAAGCCUCUGCUGUGAAUGAUCGAAUCAAACAACGCACAAUGCAAAUCCCUGCUGCCACACAACUGUCCCAUGCCCGGCUCCGUUUGGAUCUUCUUCUGAUGCAACUCAGGAAAUCGGAGUGGCGACGGCUCCAGCAAAGUUCGGAAAAGAUUUUUGUGUGCCUUUCCGCAGACAGUUCGCCACAAGGGCUUGAUUUUCUGGUAACAAUCGAAGAUCGAAUUCGGAAUCCUGGCAUGGUCAUAGAGGCCACACGGCAAGAGCUUGCGCAGUUCAGUUUAUCAGACAACCUGCGGACAUCAACAUUGCCGCCUCUUGUUGUUGGCAGUGGCCGUAGCGACACGGCUUCCAAAUUCGAGCUGCUCAUGCGGAGCAUUAUGCUGGACGUGGGGCCUGAUUCCUUGACAGCUUAUGGAGCUCCAGCAAUUCGAGUCCAUAAAGUUUUGACACAGAACGUGGAUGACUCCGGUGGAUUGUUGCGAAAGCGUUCUUCAUUUGGCGGGCUUCAAAGCAUGCAAUUCAGAUCAGAGGAUGGCAUGGGUGAUCUGCCUGUGGACGUUCCUCAAAUUCAUGGGAAGGAGCAGACAUUUUCGAUCAAUGGCAGUAUCUUGGUCCCUGGCGUGAAGCACAUGAUGGACAACAUCCAGCAAGAGAUGUUGGCCCCGAUGGUCAACCUGCUGAACAACAAAGGCUAUAGAGAUCGCUUGGUUGAAUCCUGUUUCAAAUCCGAUGGCCCGCUUGCAGAGUACCGGGGUCUUAUGGAUCGUUUCGAAGGUGGAUCGUUGAUUCAUUGGCGCUGGAGUUCUGUGACACAAUGUGUCAAGGCAAUCCUAUUGAGGAAGACAGCUUUGGAGAAAGGGUGGAGUGCUGAGAAGUUCAACGACACAGGGCGCGUGACAGAUCCAAGCAACAUUUGCUCUUUGGUGACAACGGCAAUCCGCAGUCGCACUUUCUGGGGCUACGCGCAGCUUAUUGAAACACUAGCGGGGGCUAUUGACAUUCAAUCCAGUUGGGCCGAAGGAUGUUCUUGCCACGAACUGGAUCUCAAAGACAACAAGUGGUAUCGUUCCCGUAUCAAAGCAGUUGGGCAAAAGCUGCGCAGAGAUGCUACCGGAGAAGAAGAAGGUGAAUCUGAAGGUGGCGCAGCUGCAGUUUUGCCAGCUCCUUCAGCAUCACGUGGUGUGAACAGGGAAGGCAGGGUCGAACAUGCCACCUGCAAGCUCAAAGGGAGGAGGGCUCAUGAGUUUGCCACUGGUGAAUAUGAGCGAUUCGUUUUGCACCUCUUGAAAACCGGCAGAGAGCGUGUUGUUGCUGCAUCAUUGGAAGUGCCUAAGGAUGACCAAACCAAGUUGUUUUCAGAUUGGCAGGCUGCUACAGACAUGAUUGUGACUCAGACAAGCCUACGGAGCGGCUUCUGGCGCAUACUCCCUUGGAGGUUGGCAGGCAUGGCCUCGGAAAACCCUGAAGAGGCCCGCCAAGUUGCAAGGGAGUGCAGAGCUUUGUUUGUGGCAUCAACAGUUGGUCCAGCUGGCACAUCUGGAGCACAUGCAAUCACUCGCAGAUUCUUCGACCCAGUUGCUUUGAUCAACUUGUCACUGUUUGGUUUCUGCAACAGUCUUGGCUUCCUUUUGGGGCUAUCCACUGUAGAACAAUACUCUCUACAGUACUGA